AUGUCGGCCGCUUCGCUGGAGCCCCCUACCUACCUCAGCUCCCUACAGAACAACAUCCGAGCUCGCCCUAUCCCGUGGGAGGGAGCUGUCCGAGCUGGCAACAUCACAGAUGACCACUUGAAGAAGAUCAAGGCGGUAGACAAGGUCCGCAAGGAACAACGGCGUCAGACAAUCGAUGGGGAUAUUCCGGGAUACGUGACGCUGCUGGCUGGAGGUUCAAAUGGGAAGAGUGUCCUCGAAUCGGCGGCUAGGAGGAACGAUAUUGUACAGUAUAUUCUGGUGCUGGCAGCAGAUCUUAUCAACGAUGCCCCGUCCCUAUCGUCCGCCUUGAUAGCCCAUCCUCAACCAUAUAAACCAUUCCUUCCACUCCUGCGCCAUUCUACAAACGCCGAAGAUCCCAUUCCGCUCCUCACCUCUACCUUCUUGACCAACCUUGUCUCGACCAGCAUCACCUCUACCUCGAAGUCGACGUCGCAGGAUGAGGAAGCUCUUCCGCAGCUGUACAACUACCUGUCUACUCUGACUCAGAACCAGGACAGCGGACUUCAGGACAUCGGAGUACAGGGGCUAUCUACAUUGCUGCGCACAUCCCGAGCUCGGCAGAUUUUCUGGGCGCAGCGGAAGGAGACAGUUGAUCCUCUUGUUGAGAUUCUGCGUACCGCCGCGGGCGGCAAAGACAGCAGUUCCAGCACCACCCUGGCCGGCAGUUCGCGCGGCGACGUAGGAAUUGCUGGUGGCAUCGGCCUACAACUUCUAUACCGAGUACUUCUGGUUCUUUGGCAACUGAGCUUCGAAGGCGACCUCAUCGGGGAUGACCUACAAGAGGACCAUGAGAUUCUGCAACUGUACUCCCACCUCCUACGACUGUCUCCGAAAGAAAAGACCACGCGCCUCCUCCUCGCGACCCUCCGGAACCUCUUGUCUUUCAACCGCACCAGUCUCCUCCCCGUUGCUGUUUUCGUGCGCCUUCCUGCUCUACUUUCGACCAUCUCGGGCCGACACCUCACAGACCCGGACCUCCUGGAGGACCUUAAAUACCUGUCGGAGAUGCUUGAUGAAUAUACCAAGACACAGACUACCUUCGAUCAGUAUGCCGCAGAACUGCAGUCUGGCCAUCUCCGGUGGUCCCCGCCGCACAGAAACCCCACUUUCUGGAAAGAAAACGCCCGCCGAAUCCUGGAUGAGAACAGCGGAGCUCUGCCCAAGAAGCUGAAGGAGAUAAUCUCCAAGAGUUGGGACAAUGAUAAACAAGUCCUUGCCAUUGCUUGCAACGACGUGGGGCACUUGGUCAAGGAGCUGCCUGAAAGGCGAGGACAGCUGGAAAAGCUAGGGUUGAAGACCCGGGUGAUGGAGCUGAUGGCCGACAAGGACGAGUCGGUGCGAUGGGAGAGCUUGCGAGCGGUUGGAGAGUGGCUCCGUUAUACAUUUGAUGACUGA